AUGGUAUUUUAUUUGAUUGGGCUCGGGUUAGGUGAUGUUGAGGACAUCACGGUAAAAGGCUUAAACGUUGUUCGAAAAUGUAAACGAGUCUACUUGGAGGCUUAUACAUCAAUUCUCUGCUAUGGCCUGGAAAAGAAGCAACUCGAGGAGUAUUAUGGGCGAGAUGUCAUCGAGGCUGAUAGAACAACGGUAGAACAAAAUUCAGACGAGAUUUUGACAGACGCGGAUACAGAAGAUGUAGCAAUGCUUGUCGUUGGAGAUCCCUUUGGAGCCACUACUCAUGCCGAUCUCGUCUUGAGAGCAAAGGAAAAGGGAAUUGUCGUUAAAGUCGUUCACAAUGCAUCAAUAAUGAAUGCAGUUGGAUGCUGUGGGCUACAGUUGUACAACUUUGGAGAAACCGUAUCUAUCGUCAUGUGGUUGGACAAUUGGGAACCGGAUAGUUACUAUGACAAAAUUGCGAUUAAUCUUUCCAAAGGCUUACACACUUUAUGUCUACUUGACAUUAAAACAAAGGAACAAAGCGUCGAGAAUAUGAUGAGAGGAAGAAAGGUUUACGAGCCUGCCCGAUAUCUGACUUGUUCCGAAGCAUGCAAGCAGUUAAUAACGAUAAGUAAACGAAAAAGGGAGGAGGGGACGGAACCCAUUUAUACGGAAAAUACACGUGUUGUAGGGUUAGCUCGAGUCGGAUGGGACGAUCAAAAAAUAGUUUCUUGUUCAAUGUUGGAAAUGUGCUCAGUCGAUAUGGGUCCACCACUUCAUUCACUUAUUAUCCCCGGGAAUACACAUCCGCUAGAAGACGAUAUGCUUGCCACUUUCGCCUUGAAAACUUUG